AGAGCGACUCGGGAAACGAUUUUAAACUGAAGAGGCGGCGGAGGGCCGAAUUGCCUUUUCUCAACGGCUUGAUUUCAGAGCUGGGCUGGUCUCUGACAGGCUCAGCUGGAGAGGGACGGGUUGGGACGCACUGUCUUUUUGCCCUUUCCCCUCCGCGAGCAGAAGCUGACUCCGCUGGAGCGAGGGUCGCAGAGCUGGGUGAGCGGAAAUGUCCCUCCUAGAGUGAAGUCGCAGGGCCCGCACCGCGUCUGAGGGAGCGGAGGUCUUCCUGGGGGAUUUCAGUCUCCACAUAGUUUUGGAGCCGGACUUUUGAAGAAUGAUUCAUGAAUCCGGAAUGGGUGACAGCGUCAUCACGGCGUUUUAUUGACAGACCAUGGAUUCUUACGAUGCACCAGAAUCAACUCCUAGUGCAUCCUCAAGACCUGAAGAUUACUUUAUAGGUGCCACUCCUCUGCAGAAACGAUUAGAAUCAGUCAGGAAGCAGAGUUCAUUUAUCCCGACUCCACCUCGAAGGAAAAUUCCCCAGUGUUCGCAGUUGCAGGAAGAUGUUGACCCUCAAAAGGUUGCAUUCCUUCUGCAUAAACAGUGGACUUUAUAUAGUUUAACUCCCUUAUAUAAAUUCUCCUAUAGUAAUCUCAAAGAGUAUUCUAGACUUCUCAAUGCUUUUAUUGUUGCUGAAAAGCAAAAAGGACUUGCUGUGGAAGUGGGAGAAGACUUCAACAUCAAAGUGAUUUUUUCUACUCUGCUAGGAAUGAAAGGAACACAAAGGGACCCGGAAGCAUUUCUUGUCCAGAUUCUGUCAAAAUCUCAAUUGCCAUCUGAGAAUAGAGAAGGUAAAGUGUUGUGGACUGGCUGGUUCUGCUGUAUAUUUGGAGACAGUCUUCUGGAGACUGUUUCAGAAGAUUUCACCUGUCUGCCCUUAUUCCUUGCAAAUGGAGCAGAGUCUAACACAGCAAUAAUUGGAACUUGGUUUCAGAAAACCUUUGACUGUUAUUUCAGUCCUUUAGCAAUCAAUGCAUUUAAUCUUUCCUGGAUGGCUGCCAUGUGGACUGCAUGCAAAAUGGACCAUUAUGUGGCUACUACUGAAUUUCUUUGGUCUGUACCCUGUAGCCCUCAAAGUCUGGACAUUUCUUUUGCAAUACAUCCAGAGGAUGCAAAAGCUCUAUGGGACAGUGUCCACAAAACACCUGGGGAGGUUACCCAGGAAGAAGUUGACCUAUUCAUGGACUGCCUUUAUUCACAUUUCCAUAGACAUUUCAAAAUUCAUUUAUCAGCCACAAGAUUAGUUCGUGUUUCAACAUCUGUAGCUUCAGCACAUACUGAUGGAAAAAUAAAGAUUCUGUGUCAUAAAUACCUUAUUGGAGUGUUAGCAUAUUUGACAGAACUGGCAAUUUUUCAAAUUGAGUGAAGCCUUAUGUGGACUAUAAGUUAUAGAUUAUAUACUCUUAUUGAUUAUUUGCCUAAUUGCUACGCUGAAAGAGACUGCAGGAGAAAUAGGCAUCUGUCUCUGCAUCUGUUUUCCCCACCAUGCCUUUGGAGUUGCCAAGAUGGAAGCUAAGAAGGAUCUAGAAGAACAAAGAAUAUGGUAGUAGAUGAGCCACAGCCAGGUGCCCAUGUACUAAUCAUGAUAACCUGGCAUGCCUUUCUCAAAAUGCUGAGUUGUUAAUUUCUUGUCAUCUUUAAAUAUAUAUAUAUAUAUAGGCUGGGCUUGGUGGCUCACACCUGUAAUUCCAGCACUUUGGGAGGCUGAGGUGGGUGGAUCAUUUGAGGCCAGGAAUUCAAGACCAGCCUGGCCAACAUGGUGAAACCCCUUCUCUACUGAAAAUACAAGAAUUAGCUGGGCGUGGUGGCACAUGCCUAUAAUCCCAGCUACUGGGGAGGCUGAAGCAGGAGAAUCGUUUGAACCCGGAAGACAGGCUGCAGUGAGCCAAGAUUGCACCACUGCACUCCAGCCUGGGCAACAAAGUGAAACUCUGCCUCAAAAAAUAAAAAAUAAAUAAAUAUAGUGUUUAUUAUGUUUAAACUCUUAGGAUUCAAAUGAGAUGUAUCUACUGGAUAUUUCUGAUUUGGGUCUUUAAAACCUUUAAUCUCUUUUAAGCAUUUUAGACUUACAUUCAGAAAGAAUUCUGUCUUCUAAAGACAUUUUCCUAGCAUUUCACUGCAGAGAACUGGCAAUCAAAAUCCCCUCAAAAGGGAACUAAAGAUUAAUAUACACAUUUUUUUAGUCACUAAUAUGCUUCUGUUUUAAAUACAGUUCAACUCCUGUUGCAAUGUUGAAUUAAAUGUUUAUUUUAAAAUGAA